CAGAUAAAAAUACAAACGAACGAUUGAUCCAAAAAGAAAAGUCUAUUACCAAAAAAAUGAUUGAUAAAAGUCAAAUCCUUUGGCUAGCUUGAAGAGAGAGGGGGAAACAAAAAGAAAAAAAAAAAAAAAUUUAUUUUAAUGGCUUUGUGCGUCAUCUUUCUCUGGUCUCCAUGGGCUCCAAGUUUUUUAGUAUUUGAGCACUUCAAAAUUCGAUUACAGCCAUCUCUUUGGAUUUUACAAGUGAUUGAGCUCAAACCCACAAAGCACUAACCACUCCCUGUGUAUGUCAAGCUGCAUCUCUGCAAAAAUCCAAUCGAAGGAGAAUUAACAGAUUACUUCUUUGGGUGUUCUGAUCCAGCUCAAGGAACAAUGGCAGUGGGAGAGAUUUUUCUGGCAGCUUUCCUUCAGAUUCUGUUUGAAAGGUUGAUGUCUAGUGAGUUGCUGAACUUUGCAAGGCGUGAGGGCGUUCAAGAAAAGCUGAAGAAGUGGAGAACAAUGCUCUCGACCAUUCAAGCGGUGCUAUGUGAUGCGGAGGAGAAGCAACUGACAAGCAAGGCAGUGAAUCUCUGGCUGGAUGAUCUCAGAGAUUUGGCUUAUGAUGUGGAAGAUAUAUUGGACAAGUUUUCCACCGAACUGUUGCGGCGCAAGAUAGAGAAAUUACAUCAAGCUAGCACCAGUAAGGCAUGGUGUCUGAUCCCUCCUUGCUGUACUUGCUCAAGCUCAAGUGGAUUUGGAUGGUUCAUGUAUAAUCUUGAUUCAGAAAUUAAUGAAAUCACUGAGAGGCUGCAAGAUAUAUCUCGUAGGAAAAAUGAACUUGGUUUGAAUGAUAUUGGGAGAUCUGUGAUCGAAUGGAAAAGGCCGCCAAGCUCAAGUUUGCCUGAUGGUCCUGUCAUCGGAAGAGAUGAAGAUAAGAAGAAAAUGAUUGAAUUAUUGAUAAGAGAUGAGCAAAGUCUUGUCAAUUUUGAUGUGGCUUCCAUAGUUGGGAUGCCUGGAGUAGGAAAGACAACACUUGCUGGGUUGGUGUUCAAUGAUGAUGCGAUGAAACAUUUUGAUAUCAAAGUGUGGGUUUCUGUGUCGGAUGACUUCAAUUGUGUAAGGUUAACGAAGGCAAUUCUUAAAUCAAUCACAUUGAAAAAUGAGAAUUUUGAUGAGUUUAGUGAAUUUCAGGAUCUUUUGAGUGAAGUAUUGGCAGGUAAGAAGUUUUUGAUUGUUUUGGACGAUGUUUGGAAUACAAAUUACGGUCUUUGGGCGACUUUGCAAUCCCCCUUUAGAGCUGCAGCACCAGGAAGUAAGAUAAUUGUGACAACAAGAGAUAUAAAUGUUGCAAAGUUAAUGGGAGCAGUUGAAUGCUAUAAUUUGGAAUGUGUGUCAGAUGAUGAUUGUUGGAAAGUUUUUGUGCAACAUGCAUUCUUGAAUAGAAAUAUUAGUGAACCACCAAAUUUGAGACUGCUAAGGGAGAAAAUUGUUUCAAAAUGCAAUGGCUUGCCUUUGGCAGCAGGGACUUUGGGUGGCCUUCUCCGUUGCAAAGAAAUAGAUGAGUGGGAAGACAUAUUGAACUGCAAAUUAUGGACCCAAUUAGAUCAGAGCAACAUUCUCCCAUUGUUAAGAUUGAGCUACCACUACCUCCCUUCACAUUUGAAAAGGUGCUUUGCCUACUGCUCAAUACUACCAAAGGACUAUGAAUUUGAGGAGAAACAGUUGAUUCUCUUAUGGAUGGCAGAAGGGUUAAUUCAGCAACUGGAAGGGAGUAAACAAAUGGAAGACUUGGGUAGCGAGUACUUCAAUGAACUAUUGUCUAGGUCAUUCUUUCAGAAAUCAAGAAAGGACAAAACGAAGUAUGUGAUGCAUGACCUCAUGAAUGAUUUGGCACAGUGGGUUGCAGGAGAAAUAGGAUUCGGGUUGGAAGAUAAGUUGGACAGUAACAAUGGAUGCUGGAUUUUCCCAAAAGCUCGACAUUCAUCUUAUAUUAGUGCCAAGUUUGAUGGAAUCCAAAGACUCGGGGCCUUCUCCAAAGUUAAGUAUUUGCGGACUUUCCUACCACUUACAGAACCACAUGGUGAGGAGAAAUACAUAACUAGCAGUUUUACUCUUGAUAUAUUGCCGAAGUUCCAGUAUCUACGGGUGCUUUCUCUUAAUAGCUACAACAUAAGCAAGCUACCAGAUUCAAUUGGUGAACUAAAGCAUCUUCGAUAUCUUGACCUUUCUUAUACAAAUAUAUCAAGUUUGCCACAAUCAAUAAUUACUCUUUACAACUUACAGACAUUGUUAUUAGAAUGUUGCUACGAUCUAAAUGAAUUGCCUACUGGUAUGGAGAAUCUAACCAACCUGCGGCAUCUCAAUAGUUCAAAUCUAUGGUCUUUAAAAGCGAUGCCACGACAUCUAGGCAAAUUGACUAAUCUCCAAACCUUAUCUUACUUUGUUGUGGGAAAAGAUAGUGGCACAUCAGGAGUUGGAGAGUUAGGACCCCUAUUACAUCUUCGUGGGAUGUUACACAUCUCAGGACUAGAGAAUGUGACUGGAGCUGAGGAUGCAGCAAUGGCCAACUUGGUUGUCAAGAAUGGCAUUGAUGUAUUGUUAAUGCAAUGGAAUGACAGAGAACUAGUGGAUACAGAUGUUUUUGAGAUGCUACAGCCUUCAAGUAAGCUCAAGGAGCUUACAGUCAUGGGCUAUGGCGGUCAGAAAUUUCCAUCAUGGAUAGCAAAUCCUUCAUUUUCUAAUAUGGUUGUUAUGAGGUUAGAACGUUGCACUGGCUGCACAUUAUUGCCCCCACUUGGACUGUUGAUCUCACUCAAGAAACUUAUAAUAAGGAGAAUGCCGAAGAUCGAGAGCAUUGGUAGUGAGUUUUAUGGGGAGGGCUGUUUGAGGCGUUUUCCAUCACUGGAGACUCUUUCAUUUGAAGAUAUGGAAAAUUGGAAGGAUUGGUUUCCUGUUGGCACUGGUAUUGGAAUUGAAGUGUUUCCAAAACUGAAAGAGCUUUUCUUAAGAAGAUGUCCCAAGUUGGAGGGAAAAUUACCUGACAACCUUCCAUCAUUAGCAAAACUUGUGAUUGGAAAAUGUGAUCAGUUGGUAGUGUCAAUUCCUAGCCAUCAAAUGCUUAACGAAUUAAACAUCGACAAAUGCAAAGAGUUGGUGCGAGAAAGCAACGUGGAACUUAAGUCACUAAGGUCCAUCUGUCUCAAUGACAUUUCGAACUUUAGGCAUCCAACUGAGGGAUUCAUGCAAGGAUUGAUAAGGGUAGAAGAUUUGAAGGUUGUUAGUUGUAGGGAGAUGGCUUCUUGGCAGGAUGAGUUACAACAGCUGAUUUCUCUUCGUUGUUUAGAAAUAGAAGACAGUUUUGAGCAUUUUACAUCAAUAGGAGAAGAAACAGGCCAGGUACAAUCAUGGAUACCUUCCAAAGUUGAAUCAAUGAAAUUAGAGAACUGUCACAAUCUUUUGAAGAUACUAGAAGGAUUGCAUCUAACGUUUCUUCAAGAGCUAUACAUUGUAAGCUGCCCAAGUUUCAUCUCUUUUGCAGAGGCUGGUUUGCCAGCUUCUCUAAGAGUUAUUUUUAUUGGAUGGUGCAAUUCUUUCUCGUUUUUAGCAAGAAGCCAGGUACCUCCAGCUUUGAAAAGGCUAACUAUAUGUUUUUGCCAUAGUUUGCAAACCUUGAUACAAGAGGAGGACAUCAACAGCACUAGCGCAUCUUUUCUUGAGACUUUGAUUAUGAAAGGUUGUCCAUCUCUCAUGUCAAUAUCAACAAGAGGAAACUUACCAGCACGGCUGAAACACCUUCAGAUUCGGAGUUGUGAUGCUCUCAAGUAUUUAUCUUCUGACAAGUUGCCGACCACACUUGAACACCUUGAGAUCAAGGAAUGUGGUCGGCUUACACACUUAUCAUCCAAUGAUGAACUACCUCAGAUGCUUAAACACCUUCAGAUAUCUGACUGUGGAAACCUGGAGUCAAUUGCUGAUAGGUUUCAAGACAACACUUGUCUGGAAUCUAUUAAGAUCAUCGAUUGCCCAAAGCUUGAGUCCUUACCUGAGGGCCUCCACCUCCUUACCAAUCUUAGCAAGUUACAUAUUAGUUGGUGUGAUAGUCUGGUUUCGUUCCCAGAAGGAGGGUUGCCCACUUCCAGCCUGAGAUAUGUUUCAGUCACGUUCUGUGGUAAACUGAAGGCCUUUCCCACAGGCAUGAACGGCCUCAGCUCCCUCAAUGAACUGAGAAUUUCCUCCUGUGAAGGAUGCGCAUCCCUCUUGGAAGAUGGUUUUCCACCAAGCAUAGCAUCACUUUUUAUCUGGAAUUUCAAGGUCACUAAACCCUUUUUCAAGUGGGGGUUGCAGAGACUUACAUCUCUCAGAGAGUUGGUAAUCCGUGGUAAAGCUUCAGACAUGGUGUGCUUUCCACCUGAAGAACAGAAGGGGGUCAUGUUGCUGCCAAAAUCUCUCAUCGACCUCAAGAUUUUCGGUUUUCCAAAUCUGGAGUAUCUGUCGACUGAGGGAUUUCGGUGCCUCACCUCUCUUGAAUAUCUUACAAUCGGUUCCUGUGGAAAGCUAAAAUCUUUUCCCAAGGAGGGGUCUACCUCUUUCACUUUUGAAACUUCAAAUCUCUGACUGCCCUCUAAUAGAGGAGCAAUGCAGAAGCAGUAAAGGAAGACUCUGGCCCUUGAUAGCCCAUAUUCCUUACAUUGAGAUUGAAGAUACAAAAUUCAAAAAGUAGGAAGAAAAAUUAGAGAGACUGCACUUAUACUGUAUAAAAUGUGUAAUAAUUCUGAUGAAGCAGAUCAUUGUCCAAAGCAUAGUCUUUUUCAUUGUUUUCUAUGCUUGUUUUCUAUGCUUCUAUGCUUCUAUGCUUGUAGAUGUACAGGCUUUGUCAUUUGAGUGAAAAUUUCCAGCAAAAGUAAUUUUCUUUUCCUA